AUGCUUACUCAGCUCGAAUCUGAAAACCUUACCCUCCGAGACAAGAAUCAAGCCCUCAACACGACAAACAACAAGAAGCGCCGCUUCCGUACGCAAGUUCGAUCCAUACCGAGCUUUGACACACCUAACUCCGUAGGAGACGCCGCUCGACAGCCUUCAAGCAAAGCCGGGGCAUCAGGAGAAAAGGCUGGAGACAUGCAAAUCCACGAAACGAUAUCCAGCGACUCCGAGCCGGACUCCGAGAAGGAAACAUCUAGAGAGGUCGCAGAGAUGAAGUCCUCUAUGACCGCCUAUCUAGAACAGGUGUUCUCCCAAAAGCUCGACGCUAUGCAGUCCCUGGUAGAAAGGCUCCCAGGGGUAGCGCCUCCGAUCCGGAAAAGCAAUCCUGGCUCCUACGCCGACACCCCCUUUGCGGAUGAAAUCACCCUAAUCGAUAUGCCGAGGAAGUUCUUUUUCCCCAACAUAAAUAUGUACGACGGUACCGGCGACCCAGAUGAUCACAUCGUUCAAUACAAGCAGAGGAUGCUCGCUGUGGCGCUCCCAAGGGAGUCCCGGGAAGCUACUAUGUGCAAGGGUUUUGGUUCGACACUUAUCGGACCCGCUCGGCAAUGGUAUAUCAACCUACCCACCAGGUGUAUAUCUUCAUUCGCAACCCUCUGUGAUAGGUUCGUGGAACAGUUCACAAGCAGCCGGAACCUAGAGAAAACCUCGGACAGCCUCUACGAAAUCCUCCAGCAUCGGGUCGAAUCCCUUUGCGACUACAUAGCCCGCUUCAAUCAGGAGAAAGUGUCGAUCCCCGAGUGCAAUAUCACCACAGCAAUCUCAGCCUUCAAGAGAGGCUUGCUCCCAGACGGGGAUCUCUAUAAGGAAUUGACCAAGUAUUAA